AAACACAUCCCGCCAUGGCAGCACCGGCAGCGCAAUACAAGGACAGACAGUUCCUCGCUGUUAUCGGCGAUGAGGACACUUGCACUGGCAUGUUGCUCGCGGGCGUAGGCCACGUUACCCAGCCGCCAGACAGCCAAAAGAACUUUUUGGUUGUGGACGGCAAGACCGAAACGUCGGCCAUCGAAGCCGCCUUCGAUCGCUUCACCAACGAGCGCAAGGACAUUGCCAUUCUGCUUAUUAACCAGCAUAUUGCCGAGAGGAUACGACACCGUGUUGAGAGCUACACCGCCGCCUUCCCCUCGCUGCUUGAGAUUCCGUCCAAGGAUCACCCCUAUGACCCUGAGAAGGAUAGUGUGCUGAAGCGCGUCAGGAGAUUGUUCGGAGAGUAGAGAUGCUUGGGGGAGCAUUAGCCAGUCGAAUGUACACAACGUAUCAUGCAAGCAAUGGUACUAGCACGAGCCAUAUUAGCUAGAUGCUGAUUUGCGCAUGCAUAUCACGUAGAAAUAGUUGAGGAAUGAUAUCCAUCAAGUUGAAA